AGGUGAGCACCACCGUCGCUAUGGCGGAGGGAAUCCAUACCUUGGGAAGAAAGGGCUCAAGUGUCUCCUUUCCUGAAGAUAGGUCGGUCUCGAGGAAGCACGCGGAGAUAAGGGUGGGGCCCGUUCCGGGGAACGAUCCGACCGACCAGCCCAUCUGGGUCAAGGACGUGGGCUCGAAGCUGAAGACCUGCGUCAACGGGAGCGAGACCGGCGAGGCCCACAAGGAGAUCUCCCUCAAGGAAGGGGACGAGGUCAAGGUCGGCACCACCAACAGCAUCAUGAGGGUCCGUUUCCAGGCUCUCCGCUUCUGCGCCACCCAGCUCACCGCCGAGGAGAAGGCGGAGCUGAAGGCCCUGUCCAAGAGGUGCGGCGGCGCGGUGUCCCGGAAGUGGGACGCGGCCAAGUGCACCCACCUCGUCACCCUCGCCAACACCAGCAGCGUCACCGAGAAGCUCGUGCUCGCGCUCUUGGGCCUCCGGCCCGUGGUCCACGUCGGCUGGCUCAAGGACCUCGUCGCGGGAGGAACGGCGAAGCCGCUGAGGCCGGUGCCGGAGACGGCGGCGUUCGGGCCGGUGGUGACGAGGUCGAGGCGGCAAGGGCCGUUCCGGGUUCGGCACACAGCCGAUCGAAGAACACAUCUGUCGGGUGACUUUUUCGCGAUUCUGCACAAGGACGAGCUCGUGGAAACGAUUGUAGAGGCCGCCGGGGGAGCACUCUGCAGGGCGUACGCGAUGAGCGAUGACGACUUCGCCGGGCAGGACUGGCAGAAGUGGUCCGCAGGGCGCCAGUCGCACUUCGUCCCGGCGGGGCCGGAAGUUUCCCUUUCGGCGAAGGCUAAGGCCGUGCUUGCCUCGAGAGGCGAGGUCCUAGAGGACGUCGGAAUGGCUGCUACUGACAAGACGCAGCUGACGGAGGCUGUCGUGUACCUCCAGUCUUUGGUCAACGUCAGAGAGGCGAUGCGGGCAAGCAGCAGCUCUAUCGCGCCGAUGGCCAUGAACACCUCCAGCGAGGCGUGGGGGCCGUCGCAGAGCCUGGCCGCUUCCCAGCUUGCGAAAGGGCGACCGGCCACGGCGGCUGCCGCGACGGCGGCUACCUCUGCUGAACCUGCCAUGCCCCCACCUACCGGUGGCGGCAGCAGCAACAGUCGGAAGACGUCCAAGCCUGCCGCUGCCGCUGCUGCUGGUGCUGCUGCUGGUGCUGCUGCUGCUGCUGCUGCUGCUGCUUCUGGCGCGAUAUCUACGUCGAAGGUGCCUUCUUCAGCGGCAGCGGUAGCAGCAGUGGCGGCAGAGAGUGGCAGCGUGCUUGAGAGAAAGGAUGAUGUUGCCGACGGGAUGAGCGUCGAUAAGGAUGAUGAUGGUGCCGUCGCCGGCGGUGGCGGUGGUCAAGCAGUGAAAGAACUGGAGGAAAAAAUGGAAGGAGGGCCCGGGAACGAUUCCGUCGCGAAGGGUAAGCGGUCAGCGGCGAGAAGGACCCGAGCCCAUGAGCGGGAAGACGAGCCUGGUCGUGCUGCUGCUGCUGCUGCUGCUGAAGCAAAGGGCGAGGCGAGAGGGGCCGAACGACGGGGAGGAAUAGCGGGAGCGGGUGGGAAUGCCGCUGGCAAGAAAGCCUCGUCUACCACCGCCGCCGCUGUCGCUGAUGACGAUCAAAUCGGGGACGGUGCCGAUGACGCCGACGGGGUGGCAGGGCCAACACCGUGGGGUGAUGAUGAUGAUGAUGAUGGUGAUGGUGGCGGCGGCGGCGGCGGCGGCGGCGGCGGAGGGGGGCGCCCGGCCAAGCGGAAGAGAGGCAGUGAGUUCGUUCCCUCUUGCACCCCCGGUUCGGGGCCUCGGGGGCAGAAGCGGGGUUGCCUCUAG